CACAGAUAUAUUAAAGAAAUGGCAAAAUCCAUAUCUCUUUCUUCUUCUUCUUCUUCUUCUCUCUGUUUUUUGCUUAUCUGAGAUAGAAGGAGCUCUCUAUUUGUAGAGAACGUUGCCCUUUUGGGAUUUUAAAGCUUUGGACUAAUCUCAUUUUUCAGUGAACUGGGAAUCUACUGUUUUUUCCUUGCUACUUUCUUGGAGCACAAUGAAACCUGUAAUGUAAUGUAAGAAUGGAAGGUACUACUGGAAGGUCCAAAAGUGAAAUGGAAAGUGGCUCAACAAGCAACAACAAUGAAAGUCAUAUAGCUUUCAAGGAAGGUCCCUGGUUUGGUCAGUUCAAAAAUGGUUCCAACCCUUGGAUGGCUAGAUAUGUCUAUGGUUUGAUCUUCUUAGCCUCGAAUUUGUUAGCUUGGGCGGUCCGAGAUUACGGCCGCAACGCCUUCCCGGAAAUGGAAAGACUGAAGAACUGUCAAGGCGGCCGAGGGUGUUUAGGUGCCGAAGGUGUCCUUCGAGUGAGCUUAGGAUGUUUUGCAUUUUAUUUUGUAAUGUUCCUUUCAACUGCUGGUACUUCAAGUCUUUACAAUUGCAGAGACACAUGGCAUUCAGGAUGGUGGUCCGUCAAGAUCGGUCUUUGGAUUGCCUUGACGGCAACCGCGUUCUUAGUGCCUACUUUUAUCAUACAGAUAUACGGGGAGAUUGCGCAUUUCGGUGCCGGGGUCUUUCUCUUAGUUCAGCUUGUGAGUGUUAUCAGUUUCAUUACAUGGUUGAAUGAUUGUUGUCAACCAGACAAAACAGAAGAUAAAUGCCAUAUCCAUGUGAUGUUGCUUGCAACAGCUGCAUAUAUUAUAUGUAUAGUUGGGAUCAUCAUGAUGUAUGUAUGGUAUGCUCCAGAACCGUCUUGUCUACUUAAUAUCUUCUUCAUUACAUGGACACUGGUACUCAUUCAACUCAUGACGAGUGUUUCUCUUCACCCAAAAGUGAACGCGGGUAUCUUAACUCCGGGACUCAUGGGACUUUAUAUAGUAUUCAUCUGUUGGUGUGCGAUUCGAAGUGAACCAGCUGGUGAAAAUUGUAUUCGGAAAGCAGAGGCUUCAAACAGAACAGAUUGGCUUACAAUCAUAAGCUUUAUCGUCGCGUUAUUGGCUAUGGUUAUCGCUACGUUUUCGACCGGCAUCGAUUCUCAAUGUUUUCAGGUUAAAAAGGAAGCACCUGUCGGAGAUGCGGUACCGUACGGUUACGGUUUCUUCCACUUCGUUUUCGCGACUGGUGCUAUGUAUUUCGCGAUGCUAUUGAUCGGAUGGAAUACUCAUCAUAUUAUUAAAAAAUGGACGAUCGAUGUCGGUUGGACAAGUACUUGGGUGAGGAUAGUGAACGAAUGGCUAGCCGUCUGUGUUUACUUGUGGAUGUUGGUGGCUCCUGUCAUAUUGUUGAGGUGCAGACAAACAAAUGAAUCUGCAUGAAAUGGUGAUCAGUCAUGGAUUUAUUUUAUUGCAAUUGGGUCCUUUGGAUUCCAUUGUUGCAUAAAAUGGUAACCAUUUGCUGAAGAAUAGUAAGCAAUCGGUUAGAUGGGGAUGUUUGGAUCAAAGUGGGGGAAUGGGAAAAUACAAAAUUAUACUCAAAAUUUGUGAAAGCAAAAUGCCUAAUUAGUAUCUGUUAAUACACAUAUUGAAGGAAGAUAUAAAUUCCUUUCAUUUCUUUAGUAAA